AAACGACAAUUUAGUAGCUCCGAGACGUUGACGAGCGUUGCGCUCGCAUUCCAAGAGCCGACCUCACUCUCAGAUUGAAACCGACUCGGCGAAAUGCACUUGACAUCCACGCUGAUUGGCCUUCUUAUCGUCGGCUUGGGGAUCGAGCUACCCACUCCCUGCGUCGCCCAGUUUUGGCUACUGGCAAAUCCCGCUCCUCAAUGGUGGCGCAAUGAGGCCCUGGCCAAAAGACCCUCCGGAAUCUGCUACAAGUCUGUCACUGUGGAUACCGUGAAUCCGAAUUCCCGAAGACGACAGAUCUCCUACUGCUGCGAUGACUAUGUGAACGAGGGCAACAGCCAAAACCUGAACUGUGUGCCCAUCUGCAGGGAGGAUUGCUCGAAUGGCGUGUGCAUUGCGCCCGGAAAUUGCGAGUGUGCUCCUGGAUACGACCGGAGGGACGGGAAGUGCCGAAUUGAAUAAUUAAAUAAAAAUACAUAAGCAAAACAAAUUAAGUUACUUAUUAGCUGUCAAUUAAUAAUCUAUUUUGAUCUAAGCAAAGGUCAAGACAAUUUAAAAGAUUUGAAACAAGAUUGUGAAG